GUGAAACAAUAUUCUCUCCUUUCACUUAACCUUAUAUAAAAUCAAAAUCUCAUAUUCAUUUAUUCACCUAGUUGAAUCCAAAUAAAAAAUGGCUAAGAGACCAUUUUUUGAGUUUAUUUUGCAGGUGAUAAAUUUAGUGUUGAGUGUGUUGGGUUUAGGAACCCUAGGGUAUGGAUUUGUUUGCUUCUUCAAGUCGAAACAAAGUACUCCAAAUGAAGUUCAUAAAUCUUUGAUUAUCUAUGUUACAAUUGGAGUUGGUGCAAUUUUUAUAAUUGUCUCUUGUUUGGGAUCUAUAGGAACAGCAACAAGGAGUCCAUGUUGUUUGAUUACUUAUUGUGUGUUCUUGGUACCACUUAUAAUAUCUGAGUUGGGAAUUGCUCUUCUCAUAUUCUUUGAUCACAGCUGGAAAAAGGUUAUAAUAGAUGGUAUAAAUGAAGAUUAUUUCACAGUCUAUAAGUUUGUGAAUCACCAUUGGAAUGUCAUCAAGUGGAUAGCUCUUGGAGUCUUUAUAUUACAGGUUAUUGCUUUGGUUCUAGCAAUAUAUUUGCAAUGCGUGUUCAAUAGAGCAAAGUAUGCCACGAGAGAUGUCUAUUAUCGUCAAAAUCCUAGAAAAUAUAAUUAUGAUCGCUUGGGAACGCCUACGCCCACGCGUAGUAUCACCCUACCAAAAUUGACUGGUGUCAGUGUUUGUGUCAAUGGUAGAGUUUCAGUAAAACCCUCUACUCCGCCAAAUAAUGAUGUCAAUGUUGAUGUUAAAGAUCCAUCAAGCUCUGCUAAAGUGGAUCUUGUUUAAUUUGAUGCAGAGUUAUUUGAAUUUUUAUGUUGUUAGUUUGAAAGUAAAUUGAUAUAAAAUUCUUUCACAACGGAAUUAAUUUUAUUUAUUUAAUAUUUUUUA